AUGUGUUUACCUACAGAAAUCUACAUGAUACCGAGCCCUCAAGUUGCGAAAAAGUAUAGAAUUAAACAUAUGAUGACGCCCAUGGAUUUCUUCUACCAGUUUGGAUUGCUUAUCGGUAUAUGUUCUCUCAUUAAUCAAGGCUCUGCAUCUUCAAUUUUCCCAAAGCCUGGAGAUCCCGGAGCGAUAUACAAUGAUUUUAUUUGUGGUGGAAAUUACUUCAGUAUCAGUGCUGUGAUGAAGAAUCACCGAAUAGCUUGCGAUAGCCUGCAUAAUGCAGAACCUGGCGAAGUCUUUCCAGCCCACUUAACAGACACUCAGUUGUUUAGUCCCAACGUCAUUCCACUGUUUACGUGGCCCAUUAUCUCUGAAGAUAGAACUUUCAAAUCUAGUAGUUUUUUUGAAGUGCAACCAGGAAAUUUGCGCCUUGUUAUCGACUUGAACUGCAAUUUCUUAGGUCUUAUCAACUAUCACAAUGAAAAAGCUGAAAGAUGUCUUGAAUUUUCAAGAAAAAAAUAUGGAACCAGGGGCCAAGCCUUGGAAUACUACGCAGGCUACAAAUGCUCUGAUGUUGUGUUUAGAGCUGCAUAUGUCCGGGAAUCUGUUACAUCAGCUCAUAAUAACCUAAUUAAAAAAAAAGGCAUUCGCUUUCCCGAACUAUUUUAUUUACAAUCCUUAGAAAAACGCGUCUACAUAUUUCCUCUUCUUAAAGAUCAUAGCAUCUUCCAGAAUCAAGGAAGAGAGAAAAAAUUCCAAAAGUAUUUAGUUGUAUUUUCUAAAAGUUUUGAAAUUCUGCAAGUCAUUGAUAGAUCUUUUAAUGAUGAUAAAAUAUGUAAAAUGUUUAGCGGAACGAUUGUGUCUCCUCGUCACCGCAUCGAGGCCUUGAGUACACAACAAAUUGUAGACAAAGCUGACAGUGAAAAGUUUGAUUGUAAUGGACAAAUCUUUGGAGGAAACUUUAUUUCAGUGAACAAAGAAAAAGCAAAAAACGCUUAUUACUCUAGAAGCGAUAGACGUCUUAAACAAUACAGGUUUCCAUCUCCAAUCGAAAAGGAAUCCGCAAACAUUCCAAGUAGAGCGUGGAUGUGGCCUCUUCGUAUUCCAGAGACAUCUCAGCGAAAAUCCAAAUCCACCACCAGUUACCAGCUAAUAUUUGGGGAAGAUCAUGAAUUUCUCGGGGUAUAUCACUUUUCAGGAACCACAUAUGUUAGGUGCUCUAAUGGAAACAACCCAGAAUACCAAAGAGGUAGAGGAUCAAGAUUCCCCAUUGACCUAAAUAUAUCUGCCGAAGAGGAUCAUUCAUCACCCAACACCGAUUGA